UUGAAGAAAGAUAGUUCCACCUCUAGCACCCCGACCAGCUGUUCGCAAACAAAACAAUUAGAAUAAAUCUAUAUAGUUUUUAACCAAUAUUAGUUACUUGAUGGACUGCUGCGGCAACGAAGUGCGCAGCGAAAGCAUCUACAACAUGCUGCAGGCUUUGGUCGAUUCGAAGGUGGUCAACGUGCAGCUUUUAUCCAUUGCCGUGGGCAUUUUCUUCGUGGUCCUGCUGCUAAAAAACAAUUUUCGCUGCUUUUCGGGCACGUAGAUUGAUGAUUUAUAGUGUUUAAUUAAUGCAAUAAUAAUAAUGUAAUGUACGCUAAGGACUAAUAAUAAUAACUACAUCAAGCCA